AUGAAGACCACCAUCAUCCUCGGUGCCAUUGCCGCCUUCUUCGGCGUUGCCCAGGCCACCACCUACGCCCAGUUCUGCAACGACGACUCUUGCAACGACGGCUGCGGUGAAUCUGUCUCCGUUGACAACCCCGGCUGCCUCAACGAGAACGGCCGUCGCUCCAUCAAGUUCCACGACCUCAACUUUGCUCAAGUUUCCCUCGUGUUCUCCCCCACCCCCAACUGCCCGUGCCAAAACUACUGCCAAAACGAGAUCCUCGACUGCCAACAGGGUGGCCUCGCCUGCACUGGCCCAUCCUGCUUCAACCUCAGCAACCUGCCCGGUGCCCAGUCCUUCCGCUUCAUUGGCGGUGACUGCGACUCCAACAACUGCUAG